AUGUCCGCUGAGGAGGGAGGGACCACCCUGGUGGAGAACUGUGUUCUCUAUAAUUGUUCCGAAGUCCCGGUCUUGUGCGCAGGUGCCGCAACAAACUCUGUAUAUGACAUUGAAACUGUUUCCAGCCCAACCAGCGUGGGAUCGACAUGGAAGCACAAUGAUUCAGCUGCUUCAGAUACUCUGAACACAAUAGAGAAUAAGGAAGAGAAUCUGGUGUCUACUACUGAUGAAAAUGAAACAUCAUAUAACAUCAGAGGCUUAAGUCCAACUACUUCAUAUAUGUUCUCUGUCACUCCAGUGACAGCCAGUCAACCCUUGGGAGUCCCCAUGGACAAAGCUGUCACAAAACCUUGGCCAGUGUCUGAUCUCCGAGUUGCCUUCAUGGGUGUGACGCAAGCUAGUCUCGUCUGGAGUGAUGCAGAUGGCGCUGCCUCCUACCGGAUGCUUCUUGAAUCCGUCAGAGACUCCUUCAAUUUUUCAGACCUGAAGCCGGGCACCCAUAAUACCUGGCAUGUCCCAGAAUCAAGUGAGACACAGAAUGACUUAGGAGCUGCAGAAGCUACCAACGUCACCGUGAGAAGCCCAGUGGUGUCCCAACCACUUGACCCUGCAGACCUACCCUCCGUUCAGGGUCCCUCCCUCACAGAGGUCAUGCUCACUGGGUUAAAGCCUGGUACUAACUACACAGCCACCGUUUAUUCUCGGGCAGCAGAUGGGACAGAAGCACAGCCUGGGAACCAAGUAGUGUUCAUAACAAAUUCCAGCCAGGUUUUUGACAUCAGAGCUGUGAACAUCAGUGCCACAAAUAUGACCCUGACCUGGAAGAGCAAGUAUAAUGGGUCAUCUUUACCCUACACCUACAUGAUCCAUGUGGCUGGAGGGACUGAUUCCACCAACCAAACUGUCAAUGAGACUGAGGCCCUCAUCCUUGGACUCAGCUCAAGCACCUUGUACAGCAUCACAGUACGUCCUUUCCUGGAUCACACUGAGGGCACACCAGGCUUCCUCCAAGUGUAUACUUCCCCUGGUCCAGUUUCUGACUUCCAAGUGACAAAUGUCAGCAUAAGGGAAAUUGGUUUGUCUUGGAGAAGCAGUGACUCAGAAUCCUUUAAGAUUCUCACCAUGCAGGAGGGAGGUGAGAUGAUUCGAAAUGAUACAACCAGAAUGCAGACCACCAUCAUUAAAAACUUAAAGCCUGCAACCAGUUAUCAUUUUGAAAUAUUUCCAAGAGGACCAGAUGGGACUGAAGGGCCAUCCAGAACAGUCCAUGGUAGAACUGACCACAGUGCUGUGAUUGGCAUCCACGUGGUCAAUGUCACUACCAAUGAAAUGCAGCUAGAGUGGCAGAAUACGGACAGUGCUCCUGGAUAUAAAUACCAUGUAGUUCUAGAGCCUGAAUGUGGCCCCAACAAGACCACCACUUCUCAGAAGUCGAUCACAUUAAAGGGCCUCACCCCAGGCACCUUAUAUAAUGUCACAAUCUCUCCAGAACUGGACCAUGUCCAGGGUGACUCCAGCUCCAUUGCCCAGUACACAGCACCCAGCAGUGUGUCUGACAUCGAAGUAAACACCAGUACCACCGUGGCAGCCAUCUGGUGGAGGAGUUCGGACGCAGCCUCUCCGAAGUAUUCCUACCACCUUAUCUUGAAGGCUGGAGAUGGAAGCUAUGUAAUCAAGAACAUCACAGUCACUGGGAUAACUUUUUUGAGGGUCCCUGACUUAAUCCCUGGCUCUUCUUACACAGUGGAGAUCUUUGCAAUAGUUGGGAAUGCUACAUCGUCACUGGUAGCUGGCUGGAAGUCAUUCUGUAUGGAACCUGCACCAGUGGCCUUCUUCCACUGUGAGGUGGUCCCCAAGGAGCCAAUUCUGGUUCUGAAGUGGGACUGCCCCCCUGGCAUGAAUUCAGGCUUUGAGCUAGGGGUCAGGAGUGACAGUUGGCACAAUACAACACACCUGGAAGACUGCUCUUCAGACAAUGACACAGAACGCAGGACAGAAAUCACAUAUUUGAAAUUUUCUACCUCGUACAACAUCAGCCUGGUCACCUUGUCGUGUGGAAAGAUGGCACCCCCCGCCCAGAAUACCUGCACCACUGGCAUCACAGACCCACCGCCUCCAGAUGGAUCCCCUAAUAUUACAUCUGUCAGUCACAAUUCAGUAAAGGUUAAGUUCAGUGGCUUUGAAGCCAGCCAUGGACCUAUCAAAGCCUAUGCCGUCCUUCUCACCACUGGGGAAGCCGUCGAGCCUUCUGCAGAUGAUUUGAAGUACACAUACGAAGAUUUCAAAAAGGGGGCCUCAGAUACUUAUGUGACAUACCUCAUAAGAAUAGAAGAGAAGGGACGCUCUCUGGGCUUGUCUGAAGUCUUGAAAUAUGAAAUUGAUGUGGGGAACCAAUCCACCACCCUCGGCUAUUACAACGGGAGGCUGGAGCCGCUGGGCUCCUACCGGGUGUGUGUUGCUGGCUUCACCAAUAUUACCUAUAACCGUCGGAAUGAUGGACUCAUCAAUGGAGACGAGAGCUAUGUGUCUUUCAGUCCUUACUCGGAGGCCGUGUUCUUGCCUCAGGAUCCAGGCGUCAUCUGUGGAGCCGUGUUUGGAUGUAUCUUUGGUGCCCUGGCCAUUGUUGCUGUGGGAGGCUUCAUCUUCUGGAGAAAGAAAAGGAAAGAUGCCAAGAACAAUGAAGUGUCGUUUUCUCAAAUUAAACCUAAAAAGUCCAAGUUAAUCCGAGUGGAGAAUUUUGAGGCCUACUUUAAGAAACAGCAAGCUGACUCCAACUGUGGGUUUGCAGAGGAAUACGAGGAUCUGAAGCUGAUUGGAAUAAGUCUGCCUAAAUAUACAGCUGAAGUAGCUGAGAACAGAGGGAAGAAUCGCUAUAACAAUGUCCUGCCUUAUGAUAUUUCUCGAGUCAAACUUUCAGUCCAGACCCAUCCGACGGACGACUACAUCAAUGCCAACUAUAUGCCCGGCUACCAUUCCAAGAAAGAUUUCAUUGCCACACAAGGACCUCUACCCAACACUUUGAAGGAUUUUUGGCGUAUGGUUUGGGAGAAAAACAUAUAUGCCAUUGUUAUGCUGACCAAAUGUGUGGAACAGGGAAGGACCAAAUGUGAGGAGUACUGGCCUUCCAAGCAGGCUCAGGACUACGGAGACAUAACUGUGGCAAUGACCUCAGAAGUGGUUCUUCCAGAGUGGACCGUCAGAGAUUUUGUGGUGAAAAAUGUGCGGACAAGUGAGAGCCAUCCUCUGCGGCAGUUCCAUUUCACCUCCUGGCCUGACCACGGCGUUCCUGACACCACUGACCUGCUCAUCAACUUUCGCUACCUGGUCCGAGACUACAUGAAGCAGAUUCCCCCUGAAUCACCAAUCCUGGUGCACUGCAGUGCUGGGGUCGGAAGGACGGGCACUUUCAUUGCUAUCGACCGUCUGAUCUAUCAGAUAGAGAAUGAGAACACCGUGGAUGUGUACGGUAUUGUCUAUGAUCUCCGGAUGCACAGGCCUCUGAUGGUACAGACAGAGGACCAGUAUGUUUUCCUCAAUCAGUGUGUUUUGGAUAUUAUCAGAGCUCAGAAAGACUCAAAAGUUGAUCUCAUCUAUCAGAACACAACCGCAAUGACAAUCUAUGAAAACCUCGAGCCUGUGAGCGUGUUUGGAAAGACUAAUGGUUACAUCGCCUAGUCCCAAAGCCAACCCUUUCUGAAGCUAACCAGACCGUCACACCCACAGUGAAGGAGAAUGCCCUGAUUUGGACAUGUUUUUAUAUGUCUCAUUUCUCAGUUCUUUGUUCUGUUCUGUUAGAACUGCCUUGGAGGGCAUGAGGCUGUGCGUGUAAAACAUGGCAGACAGGGAGUUGGGGUUGUCAGGGGCUGUGGACAGGUGGUGUAUAAAUCAGCUGCAUUCCUGAUUACCAAUGGGAUGGGGUCGCUUUUUUUCCCCUUGAAAAUUGUGGAAAACCAGGAAAAGUGAGCUAUGAUUUAUUUUUCUUUUCCAAACUCUGGUUUGUUCUCUCUCUCUCUC